UAACGGUGUAGAUGCAGCAUGAGCCGGAGUCGCAAUACGGAAAGAUGUACGUGAGCUAUCUUUUGGACAAGGACCCCAGUAUGUACUCCAAUACUGUCAGACACCCCGGUCUAAAUUUGAAUCAUCAGAACUUCGUGCCAGCACCGCCACAGUACACGGACUUUACAGGAUACCAUCACGUCUCGGGAAUUAACAAUGACCCUCAUCACAGUCAGCCCGGAACUUGGAACCCGGCGUACCCACCGCCGCGGGAAGAGUGGCCACCAUAUGGCGCAGGGACGACUCCGUCUACUUCCAACCCGGGACAAAUAAGUUUCACUCCCCCCGACUUUUCCCCCGUUCAGCCACCUGGCCUUCUGCCACCUUCCAUCAACGCAAAUGUUGGCCAGCUCUCGCCGAAUUCGCAACGCAGAAAUCCGUACGACUGGAUGAGGCGAAGCGCACCGCCGUCCAACCCAGGGGGUAAGACGAGGACAAAAGACAAGUAUCGGGUGGUGUACACGGAUCACCAGCGGCUGGAGCUGGAGAAGGAGUUCCACUACAGCCGCUACAUCACCAUCAGGAGGAAGGCAGAGCUAGCCACCUCACUCAGCCUCUCCGAACGACAGGUAAAAAUAUGGUUCCAGAAUCGGCGUGCGAAAGAGAGGAAGGUGAAUAAGAAGAAGAUGCAACAGUCUCAGCCAGCCUCCACCACAACACCCACUCCACCCGGCUCUACCAUGCCGGGGAAUGUCGCCAUGGUGACCAGCAGUAGUGGAGGCCUGGUGUCACCACCCAUGCCAAUGUCAAUCAAAGAGGAAUACUGAGACGCUGAAAACAAGGAGAUGCUCAAAAUGGCCGACUGUUAGUCUUUUGACCAGAGCCACCCAACAACAGAGACUCUAACCGAGGCCAAAAGCUGGAACAGGGUACUUCAAAUCAACACCCAUGAGGACUGCUUGUGUCAAAAGAUAUUUGAAGAGUUGCUGCUUUCUGCGCUUUUGUAAAAAGGAAACUUAAAAAAGAAUGAAGAGAUUAAAAAAGAUAUGAAUAUAUAUAAAUAUUAACCUGUGUUGUUCUGUAAUGUUAUGGCUGUGUUUGUUUCUAUUGUGGAUACCACUUGCUCUGCUAACACUACAAAGUCUGAUACAGUAGGCUUGAAAUAUGUGUAAAUGGUUUUAAUUUGAAGUGUGAACUUAAA